AGGGAACGAAGUUACAUUUAAAGGGAUAGCCAGAUCAGCAAGAGUCCUACUGAUAGAAAGAGUGGCGUAGAUUGGUUAUAAGGCGGUGGAAAGUUGUUAGAAGACACAAUGCGAGGGCCAGAAUUUCUGUUUGGUGCGCUUUUUGGGGCUCUCGUGGCUCUUUGUAUGCAUUUUUCGAGACAGAGGCAGCUAACUUAUGAAAAUCAACCCACAAAUUCUGGAAGUAGUGGCCCUGGCUAUUCGUGGACACACCCACAGGCAGAACAGAAAGGAAGAAGAAACAGCAUUGAUGAAUGUAUAAUCUGUCUGCAAGCAGUGGACGCAAACUCUACAACCUCCAGAAAACUAAGAUGUGGUCACAUUUUUCAUUAUAAAUGCUUGGUCAGUUGGUUAAAGGAGAAGAAAGAGUGCCCUUUAUGCAGGAAACCAGCAACUCAAUAACUUUGUUGUACUUAAAUGGUUUGAAGCAUUAACUACUGUGAUAUUUAGUAAAUUUUAAAGACUGGACUGUGAUAAUUAUGUAAUGUAGUGUAAAAUAUCUCUCAUUUUAUUUUUAGUCUUGUGUUUGUUUUUAUUGUAAUUAAAAUAGGCAAAUUGUUUGACAGUAUGACACUGUGCAUUAAGCAAACUGAGAUUCAUUUAAUUAGCUGACAGAAGAAUCUCAGUUCCAGCCAUAAAAUUAAGAUAAAAUAGACAAUAUUCUUCGAAUCUGUGUUUUCAGUACUCUGACUUAUUUGGUAUUCAAAUUUCUCACUUUUUAGUCUCGAAAUUUUUUUCAGUGCACUUAAAACUAAUUUUGUCUGAGACUAAGCUGUCAGUUUUUAUUCAGUAAAACGUUGUCAGUGGCCUGUAACAUCUUUGUAACAUCUUUGCAAGUAAAAGUAAUACUUCCCCUAAAUUGCAACAUUACAGAAAUCAAUAAAAUGUAUUUUUUACUUGA